AUGAGCGAUAGUCCGAGUACGCGCCGCUGGUGGACUCAGGAAGAAGACCGACUCCUUCAACAAGAGGUCAGGGCACAGCUGGAUGUUGGAGGAGACCAAGGAGCCAUGAAAUGGAGUGUUAUUGCAGACAGCCUCCCCGGCAGAUCCAAUAAAGACUGCCGCAAGCGAUGGACGAAGAUCAGCUCAAGCAGCCGCAAAGGCACCUGGAGCACCGCGGAGGACCACCUCCUGCGCAAAGGAGUGGCUAUGUUUAGCUUCCAGUGGACAAGGGUGGCAGAGAUCGUUGUCACUCGUCAGCCUGACCAAUGUGCGAAACGAUGGCAUCACUCUCUUGAUCCGAACGUGAAACGAACCCCAUGGUCCAACGAGGAAGACUCCAUUUUGAUAGGCGCCGUUCAAAAUAUUGGUCGUGACUGGAAGGAUGUCGGACGACAAUAUUUCCCCAGCCGAUCCACAACUGAUAUCAAGAACCGAUAUGUGAUACUGAGUCGCCGUCAUGCACUUCCGGCAUCAGGUCAGCACGCUGAUGACGGUCUGGCUGAAGUGCAUAUAAAUCCGAUAGAUAUCCUAACUCCAGAUAUUGAUCUAUCAUUUGUCGCCACCCCCUACUACUCGGGCGCUAAUAAUAUAAGUACUCCUCCUCUCAAUGUGCCACUCGUAACCGAUCUUCCGCCGUCCAUUUCCAAUAGCCCGUCUACGCUUUCCCUCCCCGAUAUCCCCGAUUCAAAUAUUGUAUUCGGCAAUCAGGGCUGGCCGGUAUUCGAUGAACGACUCGGCGGUCUAAAUUGCGUGUCUCCCGGAAUGUCCACCUCUUCUGACGAAGGUUAUCACACAAGCCUUCCUAACGGCAGUCUUCCAGAGACACCGAGUACGACUGAUACACGACGUUCGGCAUCCAGCACGCUCGUCCUCGAGGAGCUUCAACCAGAAACAGUUGGCCUUGUGAUUGACACGUUGCUCAAAGCAAAGUCCACUUUCAAAAUGCAAUUGAUUAACAGUGGAUCGUGA